ACACUUGGAAGGUUGUUCCCGUGUUCGGUAACGGGAUACGACGUACGAUAUGGUUAUCAAUUUAAGGCCUCUGCCGGAGGCGCUAACGGAAAAGGCGGCGCGCGAACUUAACGAAAAACCGGACCGGAUUGAGGAGGAUCUAGUCGCGAUUCGACAAUGGUUAGCCCGAUCGCCACAUAUACGCGCCCGCAUCGACGACCAGUUCCUGGUGACGUUCCUGCGCGGCUGCAAGUACAGUCUUGAGCGUGCCAAAGAAAAGAUCGACAUGUUCUACAGCGUCCGAACGGCCAUUCCGGAACUGAUGAAAAAUCGUGAUCCGGAGGAGCCUCGCACACUGGAAAUUAUACGGCUCGGAGUGGGAUUGCCGUUGCCGCAGACGAAUGGUGAGGAUGCUCCGCGGAUCAUGCUCAUACGGCCCGGUGUCUAUGAUCCUAAGCAGCACCGCAUCGAGGAGGUGAUCAAGGUCAGCACCAUGUUUAAUGACGUCAUGAUGCUUGAAGACGACAACAUGGUUAUCGGUGGCCAGAUCGGCAUCCUUGACCUGGCCAACGUCACGCCGGCCCAUUUUCUCCAGUUCACGCCGACCUUCGUGAAGAAGAUGACGAUGAUGAGCCAGGAGGGUUCUCCGUUGCGCCAGAAGGGUUUCCACUACAUCAACACACCGAGCGGGUUCGAGCUGGUCUUCAAUAUGUUCAAAAGCUUCAUGAGUGAGAAGAACCGAUCGAGACUGUACGUGCACGGUAGCAAUAUGGAGUCCCUGUACGAGCAUGUUCCGAAGCGAUUACUACCGAAGGAGUACGGUGGUGAGGGUACCUCCCUGAAGGAAAUCAGUGCCACGUGGGAGAAGAAGCUGCUCGCCUAUCGUCAGUACUUCCUCGAGGAGGAUCAGUAUGGGACGGACGAGCGGAAGCGUGUCGGACGGCCAAAAACGGCCGAGUCCAUGUUCGGGAUGGAGGGAUCCUUCCGUCAGCUGCAGGUGGACUAACUAUCUUCGUUUAGAAGAUAUAACCGCGCACAAGUUCAUCACAUUUGAUAGACAGGCACCAUCAAAGCCUUCUUUGAUUUAUCAUGGAACGAUACAACCGGACGUAGACCGGUAUUACACUUCAACAAUCGAAACACAUGAUAUACUCGAGAGACUGUGGGCGAGAAAUGUUAACCGUACGUCGGUUCAGCAAUCUAAUCGACAUUGCUAUCUGUUUCUUUGUAUUAGUUUGUUAUCGGCUGUAAACAUACAUAAUAGAUUUAUGCAUUUU